AUGUUACUUCCUCCACAAGAAAUCUCACGGCGGUCCUAUUCUCAAGAGCUGGCCGUUCCUCGGAUGCUUCCAGGGAUGCUCGUCCAAAUCCCUCGUAUCUUCGACUGGACCGUCGACGGUCCUGAGUUCAAGAAGAUCUUUGAUGUUUUGGGAGAUGGAAUCUUAGCCGCUGAUCUGGAGUUGUGGGAGGAUCUGAGGAAGUCAAGCCACGCCUUAUUUCACCACCAAGAUAUCGAGAAGCUCUCAGUGAGUAGCAAUACAAGUAAGUUAAAGGAAGGUCUUGUUCAUUUUCUUGAUAAUGCUUCUGAGAAGAACAUUAUCAUAGACUUACAAGAUGUGUUGCAGAGAUUCAUGUUUGAUACUUCUUCCAUUUUGAUGACUGGUUAUGAUCCAAUGUCUCUAUCCGUCGAAAUGCCAGAAGUGGAAUUCGGUGAAGCUGCGGAUCUCGGUGAAGAAGCGAUCUUCUACAGACAUUUCAAACCAGUGAUCUUGUGGAAGUUUCAAAACUGGAUUGGUGUUGGUUUGAGAAGAAGAUGUGAACUUCUUUAG